CGAAUCAUUAUUUCUUUCUCUGCUUUCUUCACACACAACAGUAAGAUGGCCUCGGCACAUGACAGAGCAGUACUCCAGGCUAUAUUCAACCCCACCACCCCCUUUGGAGACAUCCCUGGCCUGAACCAAGAGGAGGAAUUAAUUGAUGAUGACAGUGGCUUUGACACAGAGUUGCUGAAGCAAGUGAAAGAAUUGGAGAUGCGGGGUGUCUCGGCAGCAGAGGCUGGGGAUUUGCAAGCUGCACUUCAACUGUUCAGCCAGGCAAUCCAGAUCCUGCCUCAGCGAGCCUCAGCCUAUAACAACCGGGCACAGGCCCUGCGGCUGCAGGGGAACACAGCAGGAGCACUGAGGGACCUGGACCAAGCCAUCUCUCUGAGCGGUGGCACAGGACGAACUGCCUGCCAGGCGCUGGUGCAAAGAGGCCUUUUACGUAGAUUAGCAUGCCAGAGUGAUGACGCCAGAGCAGAUUUUGAGAAAGCAGCUGCACUUGGAAGUGAAUUUGCUCGACAACAGGCUGUGGUUCUCAAUCCGUAUGCAGCCCUGUGUAACAAAAUGCUGUCAGAGGUGAUAAACAAACUACGAAACCCCGAGGUGUCCGAGAAGCUGUAGUUAUUGUAGACUAUUUGUUUACACCUGUCUGUUACUGCAUGAUGUCUGUGAGUAAUAAAAGAACAUUUUUAGCUUUUAA